UUUCUUUUCUUUCAAAUUCUUAAUUCCAUAAAAACCAGGGACCACAAAGGCCUUAGCUAAUGGCUACCAUGAAAAUAUGAACUAAAAAAAAAAAGAUAAGAAAACAGAGAAAAAAGAAGAACCAAAGCUCAGCUCUGAAAUGAGUUUCAGCUUCCAUAUCCCCAAGGCUCUGCCUCCACUCACCUCUUCUUCUCAGAGUAGAAAAAAUCCUCUCUUUCUUAAUUCUAAACACAACCCUUCAUCCUUAACUACUCAUCUCAAUCAAAAGAGAAUAAGAAGCAUUAUUCAAAAGCCAAUUGAGUAUUUUCAGCUCAAAAAAUCUAGUUUGGUUCUACAAGUUGCAGCAAUUUUGGCCACUGUUGAACAGCCUGCUUUUGCAGUAACAGGAGUUAAUAAUGAGCAAGAACUUUCAUGGGUUCUAAUACAACUUGGAGUUGUUGGCUUUUUCUACUUCCUAGUUAUGCCACCAGUAAUUAUGAACUGGCUUAGGUUAAGAUUCUACAAAAGAAAACUCUUGGAGACUUAUUUACAGUUCAUGUUUGUUUUCAUCUUCUUUCCUGGUAUGAUUCUUUGGGCACCAUUUUUGAACUUCAGAAAGUUUCCACGUGAUCCAUCAAUGAAGUAUCCUUGGUCUAAGCCUUCUGAUCCUUCAAAGAUUAGAAGCCAAUACUACAAAUACCCAUAUGCUGAAACUGAUGAUUAUUUAUGAUCAGUAAAUCUAAUAUUUUCUGAUUCACUAGUCGGAGUGCUAAUAUCAAUCUCUUAUUAGGUUCAAAAACACAUCAAAUAUUUUUUUUCAUUACUGUAUUUAUUAUAAUUACAAAAUCAUUCUUGUAAAUUUUUAAAAAUAUUCUAAUAAUAAAGUUUUUUAAACACAAGUAGUAAA